AUGGAGAAGAAAGUUGAUAAGAAGUUCACUUGGGUGAUAAAGGAUUUCUCUUCUUUGCAAUAUGAUAAAAUAUUUUCAGAUAAAUUUGUCGUCAGUGGCUGCAAAUGGUACAUUAGUGCUUAUCCCAAAGGAUACAAGGUUGAUAACUUUCUGUCAGUGUAUCUGGAAGUCCCCGAUUGUGGAUCAUUGCCAUCUGGAUGGAGAAGACACGCACGAUAUCGCCUCAUUGUUGUAAAUCAACGUUCUGAGAAACUCUCCCGGCAACGUUUUACAGAAGUACAACACUGGUUUGAUGUUACAUGUUCUAACAACUGGGGCUUUCCAUCCAUGCUUUCCCUUGAUGAAAUUAAUGCCAAAGAUAGCGGGUUUCUGGUAAAAGGGGAGCUCAAGAUUGCUAUCAAGAUAGAUCUUCUUGAAAUUAUUGGCAAAGUAGAGGUUAAUGGGUUUCAUCUUUUUUCUUCACAGGUGGAAAACGUAAGCCGUAUGUUUGAAAAACACCCAAAGACUGCUUCUGAAGUCCAUCUAAAGAACCCUAAUAUUAGGACAGGUUACAUGAAUUUGCUACUUUGCCUGAUUGAUACUUUGCGCCAGUCGCCUCAAGAGCUCCCCAAGGAUGAUCUGGACGAGGCUCAUUAUGCACUGGAAUCAUUGACCGAUGCUGGGUUUAAUUUGGAUUGGUUGGAGAAGAAAAUCUCUCAAGUUUCAGAAAUGAAGGAGAAAGCGAAAGAUGGUGAGAUUCGUAGGCAAGAGAUUGAGAUAGAGUUGAAAGAUUUGAAGCAGAAGUGCUCAGACGUGGAUGCUCAACUGGGGAAGGAGAAGUCAAAGGCGCUGGCUGCAAAAACUCCUAUCUCAUUUGAUGAUAUUAUUGAAUAAUCUGCAGCCAUUAGACACUUGUAGUUAUGUUCUUAUUUGAUGUUAGGCGAAGCUCUGCUUCUUAGCAUAUGCUCCGUUGUACUUGUAUCACUGAAAAAGUCUUUUGUUUAAUCUUUCUAUGUGCUUACUUGCGAAUUAAG